AGAGUACACGUCACACCGGCAUCAAGCGCAAAUACGCCGACCGUCUAUCCUCUAACCAUGGGUACUACCGGAGCAGCGUUCAUAGCAUCGACCUUGUGCAUCGCGCUACUGUGUAACGCGUCUAGCGCUAAAACCACGUCACUACCAACUCAAGUGCUGGAUGGCGCCUGUGUGCACAACGGUAUCAGAAUAGCUGACGGGGAAACACGCCACAGCACGCAACCUUGUGAAGCUUGGACAUGCAUGGCUGUUGACAACAAGCUGAUGAUCGAAGUGUGUCCCCAGAAAUCGGUUCAAAAAGGGUGCAAACUGGCGGCUGGUGCAGUGGAGCCCUUCCCAGGCUGCUGCCCUACGAUGAUGUGCGCCGGCGUCUAAAGAGGAACCCGUCCCACCGACACGGCAUGACAAUUCUUAAUAAACCUGCUGGCCAUACCUCCAGGGAGCACAGCU